UUUAAUUCAUGCAUCGCGAUAAGCAAAGAGUAAAACACAACUUUAAAAUAGAAAUGACUUAUGGUGGUAUUAUUGAUGUGAGAUUUUGUAAUACAAGAAACAUAGAGAAAGAAAUGGCCACAAUUAUUGCGACGAAAAGAUUGUCAUAUCUCAGGAUCUGUUUUGUAGCUCUUGUUGUACAAGAAUUUUAUUAAAUCCAGCUAAACUAAUAUCGGGAGAAUAUAAGAAAAUGUUGACUAAUUUAAAAACUAAUGACUCUUUUAUUAAAGGUCAUUAUUAUUAAUAGUUUUUUUCAUCGGCGUAUCAAAGUUAUUAGCUUGAACAAAUGAUCGAACAUCAAGAUGAUAAUACACAUAUAACUUUUUUAUAUUUUAUAACUUUUUUUCUUAUCUCAGCUUUAAGGAAGUUUAGGAUUUAGAGUUAGUUUUUUUGGAUAUCUUGCAAUAUGCACGGCAUGUUCAAAGCAAGUAGCAUCGAAUGUUUACAACAAAUUUUAAAUGAUGAUAAGAAAAAGAAGAGGCAAAAACAUUGUCAGAGUACAGACAGUGGCUCAGAGCAAGAUGACCAAAACGGCAACAUUCAAGCAGCAAUACCAGAACAACCUAAGAAAAAACCACAGGGUCAAAUUCGUGCUGGACUUCGUUCGUUAUAUUGCGACAAGCCAGUUCGCGUAAAGUUUGUCAAUCAUUCUGGAAAAGAAGUUCAGUUGUAUUGGAUAAAUUACGUUGGUGAAUGUGAAAAAGCUUUCAAAAUUUUGGAUGGCAAGUGUGAAGUCAUUGACACAUAUGAGACACAUCCGUGGAUUGCCGCGAAUGCAAGGAACAAAAAAGUCCACCAUGCUUUCACAAUAGGAAAUAACUUAGUAUACUACCCUAUCCUUGGUCCAAAUGGCGGAAAAUACACUGUUGCUGAAAUACGGAAAGCACCAGAAAAACUAGCAGAUCUUAUUUCUAAACCAAACAACAUUGAAGUCAUGAUCAAGUUUAUUAACAGAACGUCAAGACCAGCCUUUCUUGAAAUGAUAAACAGUGAAGGAGAUAGAGAAUUGAAAUACACACUUGCAGCCGGUCAAAGUUGGACUGUCGCGACGCAAGAAAAGACAUAUUGGAUUACAACGAUGGACAGGGAGACAGAUGAAGGUCUAUUGUUGAAUUACGGAUGGUAUUAUUCGCCGGUGAAAACAAGAAUGAAGAAAGAAAGAUGUUAUAUCACAGACUAUAUAUAAAUCCCUUCAUGGCACGUAACUAUUAUUGGAGAUGUAUCAAGACGAGAUACUAACUUCAGUCGUGUCAGUAAGGACUUGGACGUUGCAGAAUAGUGUAGAAUUCUCCACAACAUCGAAGAGAAUCCGAACUCACAAUGGACGCACUUUAUUCAAAGUACCACAUAUUGUAACGGGAUCCUAAAACUAUUUUACGACUUUUAUAUCAGUUAAUAACACUGUAUUUUAUGAGAGGUUGAAAAAUGUCAGAGUUAAGAAAUAUGUAAAUUAAGACUUUCACUGGUUUAUAAUUUGUGAUUCUCUAAGUACCAGAAAAAAAAUCAAUAAGGCCUGAACAUUCUUAUACUGUUUUUAAGAUUUAGAUUUCAGCUCGAGUUUAAAUGUCCACCCUGCCUGCAGAUGAACUUAAUUCUCGAUAUGCGCAGAUACAAAGUAAACCACAGUUUAACUACUUCAAAAUUUAUUAACACCGAACUUAGUUUCUACUACUUCAAAUACUGCACCUUAUUUAGAAAGUCGUUUGUAAACAACAGUUGAGCGGAAAAUUGGAUCUUAAAUACACAACACAAACGAAAUGCGAAUUUUUAAAAGUGUAAUAAUAAAUAGUAAAAACUGGUGACACAAAAUAACACGUCGUAUAAGACAAAGUUUAGAAUUUAGUGUAAUAAACCCAAGUAGAAGAAUUUGGGCUUAAAUCAUAACGUUGCUUCUUUUUUAAUAUAUGUGAUUAUAACUCGUCUGAUUGCAGUUUUUGUUGUUGUUUUUUUCAUCUUUUUGUAUUUAGUGUGUUUUAUUUAUUAAAAAUUUAUAGCUAAAAUGAAAUAAAUUAUGUAAUUGUA